AUGACAUCAAUGAGCCGCGGCGGGGGCUCGCGGGUCCUCAUCCCGCUCCUCUAUAUCAUAUUAGCACAUAUUCGAGGCAUCGAGACAAUAGCGAAAAAUUUUGUGAAUUCCUCAACGCCGCACCUCAGGCCGACGUUUGUCGUCAACUUCGACACAUCCACGGUCAUCUGUCAGCACAGCGCUGAUCCCAAUGAUCUUCACAUUCAUAACAUGAGCUCGCUUUGCGACGGUAAACAGGACUGUUUUGCGAAUCCGGCGAUGCACGAUGAGGUCUUUCCAUAUUGCGAAAGGAAGUGCGAGUCGACUUGCAGCGGUAAUGGCGCUUGUUUGUACGAUGGAACUAAACCAAUGUGCUAUUGCGACAGCGGGUAUUCUGGAAAAGCUUGCGAAUUACAAGACAAAAACGAAUGUCUCGACCAUCCUUGCCAUAUGAUGGCUCAAUGCCAAAACACACUCAGCUCGUAUGAAUGCCGCUGCCUUCCCGGAUACACCGGAAAUGGUACCGAUUGUACGGACAUUGAUGAGUGCGUCGAGCGCACCGCCUCGUGUCCCGACAACUCGCAGUGCAUCAAUCUGCCGGGCACAUUCUACUGCAAUUGCACACACGGCUUCAGCCCGCGCGGCAAUCAAGGCGCCGGUCUCGACAAAUGCGUUGACAUCAAUGAAUGCGAGACGAACACCCAUGACUGCGAGAGCGACGAGAUGUGCGAGAACACGAUCGGCUCGUUCAAAUGCGUCAAGACGUGCUCGCCGGGAUACACGCUCGUCAAUGAGACGGCGUGCGUGGAUAUCGACGAAUGCGCGUCGGGCGACCUUCACAAAUGCGAUUCAAGAGCCGACUGUAUCAACACGAUUGGUGGGUACACUUGCGAAUGCGAUGAAGGAUUCGUGGGAGACGGAAAGAAUUGUCAACCAAAAGGAAGCUGCUCAAAGAAUCCUUCCAUCUGCGAUCGUCAUGCCUAUUGCUUGGACAAAAUGGAGUUGUGCGUUUGCUCAUCGGGCUACGCGGGCGACGGAAUUACCUGCUAUGACGUUGACGAGUGCGACGCUCUCGAGUCGCCAUGCAAAUCAGGCGGCCGCUGCCUCAACCUUGACGGCGGCUACGUUUGCUGCAAGGAUGGCGAUUCCGACGAGCAAUGCGUCAAGGAUCAAGGCGCGUUCUGCAGCGGUGGUUGUGGAUUGAACGCGAUCUGCGCGAAUCAGACGUGCCAAUGUGUUGAAGGCUUUAGUGGAGAUGCGAACAAGAAAUGCGUUGAUAUCAACGAAUGCGAGGAUGAUAAGAAGUGUGGAGGUGUCGGUGAUCGAUGCGUCAACCUUCAAGGCGGAUUCAUGUGCUGUCAGCCAGGAAGCGCGAUUCCGGAAUGCAAUGAUCAAGCCUUAUCGAUUGACAGUUCGACGAUUUCUAACAACGGUGCCGACUUCACGACAACCGGGGAAGCAUUUAUCGAAAGCGCCGGAUCUAUCAGGAACUCAUCCGGUGGCACUUUCAAGGUUACCAGAGGAUAUCUUCCAAAGAACUUCCAAACCACCACAGGGAAGCUCUCUUGCACUUCAUAUUGCCCGGCGAAUUCGGAAUGCAUUGAUGGCUAUUGCGAAUGCUCGAAAGGAUAUGGCGGAAACGCGCUUGUUGGUUGUGAAGACAUCGACGAGUGCAUCACAGAGACGUGCAAUUUGGAGGAGAACGAGUGGUGCGUCAAUCUCAUCGGUUCGUUCGUGUGCUGCAACCCGCAAAACGCCACCCACGAUGAUUGUCUCGGUCUCGAGAUUAGCAGCCGACGCGGACUUCAGAUAAUCGGCGGCAACGAGGAGGAUAAGAUUGUCGCGGCGGUGUCGAAUCGAUCAUCGUCGGAUCAGCUCAUCACUGAAGUCGUUCAACAAUCGAAGAACUUCUCAUCGGGACAAGUGAUAUUGACGAGAGGACGCGUCAACAGCGGCGAAUCGGUGAUUCAAACGACGGCUGACGAGGACAAAUUUGGUCUUGAGAUCAGUGGAUCGGGAAUUAUCCGAGGAUCGAAGAGCAAAGAAGUCGAAGAGACUGGUUCUGGCAAGCAGCCAAGUUCGGGAAUCUGGACGGAAGAUGGUGAUGAGAGUGACGAGGAUGAGGAUCUCAUGGGAUCAGGAAAUCGGGAGACUACUAUCAGUGGAACUGGAUUCACAUCGGCGCCGACGUCUGAAGGAACAAUUCGAGUCAGAAUCACCACCCUUGGCGAGGAGACAUCUGAAGGAAGCACCAAAUCGCCGUUGUUCGAGAAGCUUCCAAUUGAUGGAUCAGGAUCGGAAGUAUUCGAAUCGGGAAGCUCUGGACACUUUGAGAAGGGCGAGAAGGUCACGUUUGAGCAGAAGAGCUGGAGAACUGGAGGCGCCGACAAGAAGAUUGAUGAUAAGGAUGAGACUCCGACCGUAGGAAACAAGCCGGGAGACAAGAGUGAGACGGACACUGAAAGUGGAGAAGGAGCUGGAAAGGAAGGAGAAGGAUCGAAGAGCAAGUCUGGAGAAGAUGGUGGAAAGCCGGAGAUCACGACGACUGAUAAAGAAGGUGGAGAAGGUGUCGAAAAGGAAGAUGGAAAGCCGGGAUCUGGAAAAGAAGGAGGUGAGAAGCCGGGAUCUGGAAAAGAAGGAGGCGAGAAGCCGGAAUCUGGAAAAGAAGGAGGCGAGAAGCCGGAAUCUGGAAAAGAAGGAGGCGAGAAGCCGGGAUCUGGAAAGGAAGGAGGCGAGAAGCCGGGAUCUGGAAAAGAAGGAGGUGAGAAGCCGGGAGCUGGUGACAAAUCUGAAGAAGGAUCCGGAAAAGGCACUGUCACUACCACUGAUUCUGAAGGCGGUGAAGCUGUUGGAAGCGAAGGUGGCAAGGGCACAAGCGAGCACGGAUCUCAUGGAACGAAAGAAGAGGGUUUGGAGAUCAAAAAGGUCACCGAAAAGCCGACGAAUGGAGAUAAAAUCGGAUUGGAGAUCAGUUGGAAUGGAAAAUCGACUACACCAGUGCCAGAAGUCACAAUUGAUUCGGAGAAGAUCGGCCUCGAGAUUUCUGGAUCUGGAAGUACAAAGAAGCCAUCGGAAGGUUCUGGAGAUGGCGACGACCUUGAACUUACUGGAACUACUCGUGAUGGAAGCAAGUUCACAAAGAAACCGACUAUUGAGAUUGAUGGUCAAGGUCCGAAUGAGAACGAAGGUGUUGAUGGUUUAGGAAAGACAACCAAGAUUCCCAAAGAUAAGAAGGAUGAGGAAGGAUCCGGCGAAUCGAGCACACCGAAGUCAACUACCAAGUCUGGAGAGGAUGGAAUUCCGGGAGAGAGCGUCUCGACUGAGUCCACAACACCGAAGACUACGAAGAUUACCGAUGAGCCGACGGGAAUUGUUACUAUUGGAAGCACCGAGAAGCCGGAGGAAUCAACAGGACCAACUACGGAAGGAUCGGGAGAGUCCACCACUGAAUCAACUACGGUUUCUCCAACCACUGUCGAGGGAUCUGGAGAGACUACAACUUCUUCUGAGAGUACCAUUGCUACUAGUGAAGGAACGACUCCAAGCACGAAGCAGACUGAAGGAUCUGGCGAUACAACAACCACUGCUUCUUCGGCUAAGCCCGAUGAGACCACUGAAGGAUCAGGAGAAACGACAACUGAAGGAACUGAGAAGCCUGAUGGACCGAGCACCAAGAAGCCAGAGGAAUCUACUCCAAGUACGAAGAAGCCAGAGGAAUCUACCCCAAGUACGAAGAAGCCAGAGGAAUCUACCCCAAGUACGAAGAAGCCAGAGGAAUCUACCCCAAGCACGAAGAAGCCAGAGGAAUCUACCCCAAGCACGAAGAAGCCAGAGGAAUCUACCCCAAGCACGAAGAAGCCAGAGGAAUCUACCCCAAGCACGAAGAAGCCAGAGGAAUCUACCCCAAGCACGAAGAAGCCAGAAGAAUCUACACCAAGCACGAAGAAGCCAGAAGAAUCUACACCAAGUUCCGAGAAUCCAGACGGAUCAGAAAAAUCUACAACUCCAGAAACUUCCAAGAAACCUGAAGAAGUUACCACUAAGGUGACUGAAAAACCAACAAUUCCAGCUACGUCUGGAACUACUGAGAAUCCAAAAGGCUCCACAGAGAAGCCUGAAGAAGUUACUUCUGAAUCUACCAAAACGUCUGAAGAAACGACUAGCCCAUCUUCUAAAACUACCGAUAGGUCCGGUGAAUCAACUACUCCGACAUCCGAGAUCUCAAAUAAACCGGAGGAAUCAACGGAAUCAACGAUUGGAAGCACCGAAGUGUCAACCACAACUAGUAGCGGCGUUACAGAAGGAUCUGGAGAAUCUGAGAAGCCUGACGGAACUACGGCAAUCGCAACGGAAAGCACGAAGAAGCCUGAAGAAUCUACACCAAGCACGAAGAAGCCAGAAGAAUCUACACCAAGUUCCGAGAAUCCAGACGGAUCAGAAAAAUCUACAACUCCAGAAACUUCCAAGAAACCUGAAGAAGUUACCACUAAGGUGACUGAAAAACCAACAAUUCCAGCUACGUCUGGAACUACUGAGAAUCCAAAAGGCUCCACAGAGAAGCCUGAAGAAGUUACUUCUGAAUCUACCAAAACGUCUGAAGAAACGACUAGCCCAUCUUCUAAAACUACCGAUAGGUCCGGUGAAUCAACUACUCCGACAUCCGAGAUCUCAAAUAAACCGGAGGAAUCAACGGAAUCAACGAUUGGAAGCACCGAAGUGUCAACCACAACUAGUAGCGGCGUUACAGAAGGAUCUGGAGAAUCUGAGAAGCCUGACGGAACUACGGCAAUCGCAACGGAAAGCACGAAGAAGCCUGAAGAGACGACACCUGAUGGUGCUGAAACCUCAAGCAGCGUUACUUCAGAAUCAACUACACCAUCCACGAAGGCCACUGAAGCUACAACAACUUCAAAGGGAUCCACGACAUCAGAUAAAGCUAUCACCGGAGAGCCAACGACUCCAAUCUCUGAAAACGCAACAAUCAUUCCGAAUCGCGAGACUCCGACGACCAAGGACACAUUCAUCCUUCCGACGACGACGACUAUCGUUCCAAUGGUGUUCGAGAAUGAAACUACUAGUGAGAAUGUCAAAUGCACCAGCAGCGAUGAAUGCGGGAACGAUGCGCUGUGCGAGAGACGCACUGGCGUGUGCCGUUGCGAGCCGGGAUUCGAAGGAACGCCGCCGAAGACGUCGUGUGCUGAUGUUGAUGAAUGCGCGAAUGGCCUCCACAAUUGCCAUGCGACGGCUCGCUGCCAGAAUUACGUCGGCGGUUAUGCAUGCUUCUGCCCUAUGGGCUAUCGGAAGCUCGACGACGGAAGUUGCGAAGAUAUCGAUGAGUGCAAAGAGCAUCAUUCGACGUGCUGCGGUGAGAACGCGCAAUGCCGCAACAAACCGGGUGGUUACACAUGCGAAUGCCUCAAGGGAUUCUUGGGAGACGGCUACCAUUGUGUACCGAACACGAAGAAGCCGUGCGAGCGCGAGCAAUUCGAGAAAUCCAACUGCGCUUCAAAUCAUGCUUGCAUGGUCGAUGAAGACGGCGUCGUCGAUUGCAGCGAAUGCAAGAAUGGCUACGAGAAGAAGGACGGCGUCUGUGUUGACGUCGAUGAGUGCGAGCGGAUGACGUCGAUGUGCUCACCGCAUUCCACAUGCAAGAACUUGAACGGAACAUUCUCGUGUGCCUGCAAUGAAGGAUUCCGAGGCGACGGAUUCAUAUGCGAGGAUGUUAAUGAGUGCGAAAAGCAUCCGUGCCAUCCGCAUGCUGAUUGCACCAAUCUUCCCGGAUCGUUCCAAUGCAAAUGCCAUUCCGGAUUCGAAGGCGACGGCGUCAAGUGCACGAAUCCGCUGGAACGAAGCUGCGAGGACGUGCAGAAGUUCUGCGGACGCGUCGAGCACGUCUCGUGCCUCUCGGUGCGCGUCUACAACGGCUCGCUUACGUCGGUGUGCGAAUGCGAACCGGGCUAUCGAUUCGAUAAGUCAUCGAAUGAAUGUGUGGACAUUGAUGAGUGUCAUGAGAAUCGGCAUAAUUGCGAUCCGGCGUCGACGGUGUGUGUGAACACGGAAGGAUCGUUCAAGUGCGAUUGCGCCGAAGGCUAUGAAGGCGAAGGCGGAAUCUGUACAGACAUUGAUGAAUGCGAUCGCGGAAUGGCUGGAUGCGAUAGUAUGGCGAUGUGUAUUAAUCGUAUGGGAAGUUGCGGAUGCAAAUGUAUGGCAGGAUACACGGGCGAUGGAACCCAGUGCACAAAGAUUGAGACGAUUGAGAGUCGCAACAACAAAUGCACUGAUGAGUGGGAGCGGCUGUGCGAGCUUGAGAACAAACAGUGCACCGUUGACGAGGAGGAGGUGCCGCAGUGCGGUGCCUGCCUUCACGGCAACCAGCCGAUCAAUGGAAGCUGCCAACCGGUUCAGGUGUCCGGUUUGUGCAAGGACAACAACGAUUGCAGCAAACACGCGGACUGUAUCGAUAUUCAGCCGAACUCGCAUCUAUGCGUCUGCACGCCUGGAUUCAUUGGUGAUGGAAAGAUAUGCGAUGAUAUUGAUGAGUGCUCGUUGAACGGAAUGUGUGACGAUGAGAACUCGAAGUGUGAGAACACGAUGGGUGCGUUCAAAUGCGUCUGCAAGCCUGGAUUCGAGAAGUCGGACAACGUGUGUGUUGCUCUAGGAACUACCACUGUGGUUCCGAAGACGAAUGCCACGAUUCCGAUUGAUGAGGACUCAAAUGAGAAUCAUGAGAAGAAGGAUGGUAAGACCAUGUCAACCACUGUGAAGUCGAGCACACCUCGUACUGUCUCUUUGAGCACACCAACACCAACCACAUCGUCUUUCCUUAAUGUUUCCGAAGUGUCUAAUAACCGCACAACGUCGUCUGGAGUCGUGUCUGUGUCGUCGUCCACCGUGUUACCCACUGUGAGGAAUCUCACGAGUGCACCAUCACCGCAAUCGCGGUCACCCGAAGGCACCACGAUGACUGCCAUCGUCACGUCGGGCAUCAUUUCGAACGCCACGCCGGAUAUUGAUCUGGGCGAGGGUGUCACGUCGACAUUGGAGAUUGAUGUUGUGAAGAUGACGACAACGACGAUGCCUUUGACGACUACUACUCUUCAUGAAGUGAUUACUGUGGAAGAGACGAAGAAUGAUACAUCGACAACAUUGUCUGAAGGUGUAGAACCUAGCACAACUCAAAAGCCUUGGGAAUCGACGAAGUCUGUCACUUCUAAGUCUACGACGAUGAAUCCCACCGCGUCUUCUCAGAAAUUCACUACAUCGACGACUAGAAGUCCGAAGACUACCGAAGAAUCAUCAACUACGGGAAUCUCGUUGUCUUCGAAGAAGCCGAAUGCUACCGCUUCCACCGUCAUUAUGAUAUCGUCAAAAGCGCCGAAAUCGUCUUCUGAAGGAACGACAGUUUCUACGGAAUCUACGACAAUUUCACAAAAAGCAACCACUCUGUUGAGCACCGCGCCGACUGAAUCAGAGACUGAUGAUAAAAUGAGUACGUCUUCAAGCAGUACGACAACCGAAGCUUCGAUUCCGAAGAUCACCAAAAAGCCGGAAGAGGGACUUUUGAAAUCAACGACUUCUAAAGAGAUCGUUACUUCCACAGAACCAACAACAACUUCUAAACCUGUGAAAACGACGUCAUCGAUUACUACAGAGUCUACUACUCUCAAGCCGACUAGAUCUACAACGAAUCCAGCUUCUGAAGUUACCAUUCAUUCGACAACGACUGAAACUUCACUUAGUCCCAAUACUGAGCCAUCAACACCUUCUACACUAUCAGUUAGUUCCACGGAGCCUUCAACUUCGUCUAGAUUGCCGGAUGAAGCAACGACUACGGCUGGUCCUCAGGCUGGAACCACUAGUACUACGACAGAGAAAGCGACGACAUUAAGCGUCACUUCGACUAGCACCACUCAAUCUACUAAAUCGAGUGGUAGCCCGUUGACUUCGACAAGUUCCUCUGUUCAACCUGAUCUGAAGGAGACGACGAAACCAUCGAAAGUAACAGAAUCGACAACACUAGCUACUACGGAGCCUCGAUCUACAACAGGUGCAACUUCAGAGCCGCAAAAGGAGAUUCCGAAGGAAUCGGGAUCGACAACUUCUGCUUCGGUUGAAUCUACUACAAAGCCAACUGAAGAAACAACAGUUGCAUCUACACAAUCCACUUCGACCAUUCCAGUAAUAACGUCUUCUGAAGAGAUAACAACAAAAAAUCUCACCACCACGUCGGCUUCGAUCGAAACUACGAUGAAAUCAACUGCAGGAUCGAGCACUACUGAGAUUCCUACGUCUGCGUCCACUGUUGUCACUACCACGGAAGAAAUUGAGACGAAUGAAGAAAAAUCUACGACGACGUCUCCGGUGACGAGAGAAGGAGAAGACUCGACCGAAUCUUCUAUGGCUACCGAACUGUCGACCGAGAACCCGAAACUGACAAGUUCUGUGAAAACUGAAAAGAGCGGACCUUCAACUCUUCCCACGACAAUCAGCACCAAUCCUGCCAAGGAAGUCACGACGACAACUGCUUCUACAGAAGCUUCGACGUCGACGGCAGAAGAAACGUCAACAGCCAUACCUCCAGAUUCUGAAGACCAGACAUCUGGCGUCACUACGGAAGAACCUAGCAAGACAUCGACAAUUGUUCCAGAUGAAUCGAAGACAUCGGAGUCUUCUGGAACAGAUGAGAGCUCAACGGCGACAACACUUCGCGAAAUAUUGAGCUCUACUACUGCUGAGGUUUUGAGGACGACAGAAUCAACGGUGAAUUUGGAAGAUCGUGAGAGUACAACUCCGCCUGACUACGGCAGCACGACGACCAAGAAAGCGGAAAUUACCGAUUCUACGGAAUCCUUGACGAGUGGUGGUCCUUUUGUUGUAGAAACGACGUCAGUACCUGCAACGACAAAACUAAGUACUUCAUCGGAGGCUAGAAAAUCGACGACGAAUUCUUUGGAAAUCGUCACGGAAGCCUUCACGUCUACGACUUCUGGGCCAGAAAGACUGACGUCUUCAACAGCGACAACUACAUUAUCCGAAGGAUCUCCAGAAUCUUCCACUCCGACGACGUCUGGAGUAACAACGACUACUGCUAGAGAAUCGACUACGGCAAAGCCGUUGACAACUUCGUCGGAAAUCGUCACAGAAUUCACCGCAUUGACCACGCCUGAACCAGAGACAACGUCUAAAGUAUUAACAUCCGAAGGAUCUUCCACGGCUUCUACACCUUCUUCAAGUCACCAGCCUACAAUAGAGACCUCAACACGGUCUAGUGAGAGAGUAACUUCAGAAGCAACCACAACUGAAUCAAGAAAGAACGAAUCAACAGUUUCAUUGACAACGUCAUCUGAAGCUUCGUCGACAUCAGAACCAGAGUCUACAAUCAGAACAAAGAAGCCGCUGUCAGAAGAAUCGACUUUGACAACUCCGCGGAUAACUGAAGAAACGACGACUACAGAAGACGUCACUAAUAAGCAUAUCGGGUUAUCUACGGAGUCUCCUGAAGAAUCGAGAGCGUCGACAAUCGAGCCAGAAGCCUCGACGACUCCAACGAAUCAUACGAAUCCAGUUUCUCAGAUUUCCGAGGUCACUGUCGCACCCACGGAGCCUUUCGAUCCGAAGGCUUCAACCACCAUUGUCUCUCCCAAUGUCACUGUGUCCGAAACUGUCAAACCUGUUGUGACUGUCCCGACGAGUGUUCCACAUGUUCUCGUGUCAAGCACAACUCCCAUUGUUCCGCGUUCGAAUCGAACACGAUCCCCGAAACCUUCAGAAACUUUCUCGACCACCACCACUUCCACUUCCACCGUGAGCAUCACCACGACGUCACCAACCGGAUCCACCGAGGAUCUUGUGAUUGGCGUCUCGUCGACGACACCAGGAGUCGCACCACCAGCGGAAAUCACCACCACCACCACCACCAUCACCACUGCUCGAGUGUCAGUAACAGCUAAUCGCGGCCCGCCGAGUAUCUCGCCACCACCAUCACCAACACCAACGGAAACGACACCACUAGUCACUGAUUCGGGAAUGGGCGGAUAUGGUGAAGAAGGCACUGAAUCGACGACAACCACCUCAUCCACAACUACCACAACUGUUUCUCAUUUAGCGUGUGCGAAUGUCAAAUGUCAUGCUCUGGCCGCGUGCGAUCCGUCGACUGGAUCAUGCGAAUGUCGCGAGGGAUUCGUUGGCGAUGGAACACAAACGUGCAGCAAGAAGUCCACCGCCGACUGUCUCUCAUUGCCAUCGUUGUGCGCUGAGCACGCCAAAUGCGACAACUCGACGAAGAGCUGCGAAUGCGAGCCGGGAUACAUUGGCGAUGGUUAUAUCUGCUCGCCGCAUCCGCAGGAUUGUGUGCUUCGCGCGAAUCUUUGCAGCCCGGAAGCGAUCUGCCAGAAUCGGCGAUGCCAGUGCCUUCCAGGCUUCACUGGCGAUGGAAUCAAGUGUGUUAGUAUUCACGAGAGGGCUUCCAAUUGCUCGCAGUGCGAUGAGAAUGCGCAUUGUGUUGGCGGCACCACUUGCAAAUGCAACCCUGGCUACUUUGGAAACGGCCUCUGCUGUGUGCCCGAUCCGCUCGAUUGUGUGCACUUCACCGGAAUCUGCCAUCCGAACGCGGUGUGCGAUGCGGAAUCGCGACAAUGCAAGUGCAGCAGCGGCUUCUCGGGCAACGGCGUCUCGUGCUUCCCGCAUCGAUCGUGCCGAACCGACAGCAGCGUGUGCUCGACGAACGCGAUCUGCCUGCCGACGGGCAGCUGCAUUUGCCGUCACGGAUUCGAGGGCGACGGCUACACGUGCGCGCGGCGUUUCGCCGCCAAACCGGAUCUCGCCGACGUGUCGUCGUGCGCGACGCCGUGCGACGAGGAGACGCAAUUGUGCAUUUCGGGCGAAUGCAUUUGUAAGCAGGGAUUCCGAACGGUUGCCGAUUCGGCCGCGUGUCAGGACGUCGACGAAUGCAAAGAGGGAACGCAUGAUUGCGACAAAUUGGCGACGUGUCAGAACACGAUUGGAUCGCAUGUGUGCUCGUGCCCGCCGGGAUACGUUGGCGAUGGAACGACAUGCGUGAAGCACGUCAACAAUGGAAAACUCUCGGUGUAUUGUGAAGCUGAUGGAAUGACACUCGUGCUUGGCAAUGAGACGUCGGACUUUGAAGGAAGGAUAUUCGUGAAGGGACAGGCUGAGAAUCCGCAUUGCUCCAAGUCGUUCAGCUCGCUUCUCAACUCGCAGAAGCCUUACGUAUUCAAGGUCGAAUUCCAGCAUUGUGACGUGCAACAUCUGGAGAAUCACACCAUGGCUUCGACGGUCAUCGUUCAGAAGCAUGCGAUGUUCCUGACCAACAAGGCGGACUCAUACGAUCUUCGGUGUCAGUAUCCGAUCGGCUCGCGGAACGUCGAGUCGCAUGUGAACGUCAGCGAGCUUGCCACCAGUUCGACGCUGACCGACAAGAAUUCGGAGUUGGCGCCGACGUGUAAGCUGUCGGUGACGAAUCAUCAACAGGUCAGCAUCAGCUCGGCGACGGUUGGAGACACGCUCAAAUUGAGUUUGGAAGUGCUGCCGGGCGAUCACUUUGGAAUUUUGCCGAAGAAUUGCUUCGCCGUGAAUAUUGAGAGCGGAGAGCGGUACACACUCACCGAUCCCAGCGGAUGCGCCAUUGAUGAAUCGUUGUUCCCUCAAUGGUCCGUCGUUGAGUCGAACAAGGUCCAAGCGGUGUUCAGAACGUUCAAAUGGCCGGACAGCUCGAUGAUCCGAUUCCAAUGCGACUGCUCGCCGUGCGUUGAUCAUUGCCCGACGCCGAAAUGCAUCGAGGGCCCGUCGCGCUUCCGACGACACACGCGAAUCGUCAACGAGGCCGUCAACGAGGAGCUCGUGCCGAUGGAAGGCGUCGAGAGUCUCGCCGUCUCAUCGAUCAUUAGUGUUCAGGAUUCGGCGGACGGCGAGACGAACGAUGACGAGGCGACGGUGUUGGCGGAAUCGGCGCCGAAAUCGAGCGAUGUUUGUAUGCGCUUGGCGCCGAUUCUCGUCGCCGUCGUGUCAUUCCUCGUCUGCUCGAUUGUAUUGAUCUACUUGUGCUCGAAAAAAACGAAACGAGUUGAUUCACUGCCUUCACUCUAG